GAUCACAGGCUUUUGGGGCUGAAGCAGGAGGCAGGAUGGACUGAGAGGAAAAGAGGCAGGCGAAAGAGAGAGAGAGAGAGAGAGAGAGAGAGAGAGAGAGAGAGAGAGAGAGAGAGAGAGAGAGAGAGAGAGAGAGAGAGAGAGAGAGAGAGAGAGAGAGAGAGAGGCUUGGGAAGGAAACAGCAGAGAGGAAAUUGCUCGCGGGUUCACAGCAAAGCAAGGGCCGGUGGAGUUGAGGACAGAGACGAGACUAUGAAAGCCAAGAGAUGCAGAGACAAUCAGAGGGGAGAAAAUGCCAAGAGGAACGUCCAUCCGGAGAAAUGAAGAGAAUGAAAGUUUUAUCCUGCAGAACGGCUCCGUGUUCUUCCGGCACAAAAUUCUCUCGCUGUCUUUAAGCCCGCUCGCGUUUGCCAGCCGUUGACAUCAAGAGGCAUGUUCAGCGGUGCCGGCAGCGUCUCCUCUUCCUUCUCUUCCUCUUCAUCUUCCUCCUCCUCUUCUUCUUCCUCCUCCACAUUCUCCUCCCAUCAGCAAGAAGACAAACCUAGGACAGUCUUGAAAUAUCGAAAUUUCCUCCUUGGGAUUUGCCAGCGCCGCGUUGCGCCAACACUGUCGGAAUAAAGGAGGCUGACUAUUGUAUUAUCGUUAUUUUAUUAAUUGGUCAGUGGGAAGACUACAGCGAGCAUAGGGGACAUCUGUCACCCUUUCUGCGCUAAGAUUGAAAAAUGAGGCUGAAUUUGGGGAAGCUCUAACAUGAAGCAAGAGGAAUAAAAUUUUUCCACAUCCACAGAAGCCCCCCCACGUAGCACACUUUUAUUUAUAUUUUUGAGAAUAUUCUUUUUUUGGUGGUGGGGGGAGGUGAUCGGGUGGCUGGCUGGCUACGGGGGGGAGCGGCUUUCUUUCCUUUUGGAGAUGAUUGUGCUGUUAUUCUCUGCUUUGCUCUGGAUGGUGGACGGAGUCUUUUCCCAGCUUCAUUACACGGUGCAGGAGGAGCAGGAACAUGGCACUUUCGUGGGGAAUAUCGCUGAAGACCUGGGCUUGGACAUUACAAAACUUUCAGCUCGCAGGUUUCAGACGGUGGCCAACUCACGGACCCCUUACUUGGACCUCAAUCUGGAGACCGGGGUUCUGUACGUAAACGAAAAGAUCGAUCGAGAGCAGAUCUGCAAGCAGAGCCCCUCCUGUGUCCUGCACCUAGAGGUCUUCCUGGAGAACCCGCUGGAGCUGUUCCGAGUGGAGAUCGAAGUGCUGGACAUCAACGACAACCCUCCCUCCUUCCCGGAGCCGGACCUCACGGUGGAGAUCUCAGAGAGCGCCACGCCAGGCACCCGCUUUCCCUUGGAGAGCGCCUUCGACCCAGACGUGGGGACAAACUCAUUAAGAGACUACGAGAUAACCCCGAAUAGCUACUUCUCGCUAGACGUGCAGACGCAGGGAGAUGGCAACCGAUUCGCUGAGCUGGUGCUGGAGAAGCCACUGGACCGGGAACAGCAAGCGGUGCACCGCUACGUGCUGACCGCGGUGGACGGGGGAGGAGGGGGAGGAGGAGGGGAAGGAGGGGGAGGCGGUGGGGGAGCCGGCCUGCCCCCGCAGCAGCAGCGCACAGGCACGGCCUUGCUCACCAUCCGAGUGCUGGACUCCAACGACAACGUGCCCGCCUUUGACCAACCCGUCUACACUGUUUCCCUACCAGAGAACUCGCCCCCUGGCACGCUCGUGAUCCAGCUGAACGCCACCGACCCCGACGAAGGCCAGAACGGCGAGGUCGUGUACUCAUUCAGCAGUCACAUCUCGCCCAGGGCUCGGGAGCUCUUCGGACUGUCGCCGCGCACCGGCCGGCUGGAGGUGAGCGGCGAGCUGGACUACGAAGAGAGCCCCGUGUACCAGGUGUAUGUCCAAGCCAAGGACUUGGGUCCCAACGCUGUGCCUGCGCACUGCAAGGUGCUGGUGAGGGUGCUGGAUGCCAACGACAACGCGCCGGAGAUCAGCUUCAGCACGGUGAAGGAGGCGGUGAGCGAGGGCGCGGCCCCCGGCACGGUGGUGGCUCUGUUCAGCGUGACCGACCGAGACUCGGAGGAGAACGGGCAGGUGCAGUGCGAGCUGCUGGGAGACGUGCCUUUCCGCCUCAAGUCUUCCUUCAAGAACUACUACACCAUCGUGACCGAAGCCCCCCUGGACCGAGAGGUUGGGGACUCCUACACCCUGACCGUGGUGGCCCGCGACCUGGGCGAGCCUGCGCUCUCCACCAGUAAGUCGAUCCAGGUUCAAGUGUCUGACGUGAACGACAAUGCCCCGCGCUUCAGCCAGCCGGUCUACGAUGUGUAUGUGACAGAAAACAACGUGCCGGGCGCCUACAUUUACGCGGUGAGCGCCACGGACCGCGACGAGGGGGCCAACGCAAAAUUAACCUACUCUAUCCUAGAGUGCCAGAUCCAGGGCAUGAGCGUCUUCACCUACGUCUCCAUCAACUCGGACAACGGCUACCUGUACGCCCUGAGAUCCUUCGACUAUGAGCAGAUCAAAGAAUUCAGCUUCCAAGUGGAAGCCCGGGACGCCGGCAGCCCCCAGGCGCUGGCCGGCAACGCCACGGUCAACAUCCUGAUAGUGGACCAGAACGACAACGCCCCCGCCAUCGUGGCACCCCUGCCGGGGCGCAACGGGACUCCCGCCCGCGAGGUGCUGCCGCGCUCUGCCGAGCCGGGCUACCUGCUCACUCGAGUGGCCGCCGUGGACGCUGACGACGGCGAGAACGCCAGGCUCACCUACAGCAUAGUGCGGGGCAACGAGAUGAACCUAUUCCGCCUGGACUGGCGUACCGGAGAGCUCCGCACCGCCCGGCGGGUCCCAGCCAAGCGCGACCCCCAGCGGCCUUACGAGCUGGUGAUCGAGGUGCGCGACCACGGGCAGCCGCCCCUGUCCUCCACCGCCACCCUGGUGGUUCAGCUGGUGGAUGGAGCGGUGGAGCCCCAGGGUGGGGGCGGGGGCGGAGGACCCGGAGAACACCUGCGCCCCAGCCGCUCCGGCGGCGGGGAAACUUCACUGGACCUCACACUCAUUCUCAUCAUCGCCUUGGGCUCUGUGUCCUUCAUCUUCCUGCUGGCCAUGAUCGUGCUGGCCGUGCGCUGUCAAAAGGAGAAAAAACUCAACAUCUACACGUGUCUAGCCAGCGACUGCUGCCUGUGCUGUUGCUGCUGCGGCAGCGGGGGCUCGACCUGCUGCGGCCGCCAAGCCCGGGCGCGCAAGAAGAAACUCAGCAAGUCAGACAUCAUGUUGGUGCAGAGCGCCAACGUCCCUAGCAACCCGGCCCAGGUGCCAGUGGAGGAGUCCGGGGGCUUCGGCUCCCAUCACCACAACCAGAACUAUUGCUAUCAGGUCUGCCUGACCCCGGAGUCGGCCAAGACUGACCUGAUGUUCCUGAAGCCCUGCAGCCCUUCCCGGAGUACAGACGCUGAGCACAAUCCCUGUGGAGCCAUCGUCACCGGGUACAGCGACCAGCAACCAGACAUCAUUUCCAACGGAAGCAUUUUGUCCAACGAGAAUAAACACCAGAGAGCAGAGCUCAGCUAUCUAGUUGACAGACCUCGCCGAGUUAACAGUUCUGCAUUCCAGGAAGCUGACAUAGUAAGCUCUAAGGACAGCGGUCAUGGAGACAGCGAACAGGGAGACAGUGAUCAUGACGUCACCAACCGUGGCCAGUCAGCUGGUAUGGAUCUCUUCUCCAACUGCACGGAGGAAUGUAAAGCACUGGGCCACUCCGACCGAUGCUGGAUGCCUUCUUUUGUCCCUUCGGAUGGACGGCAGGCUGCUGAUUACCGCAGCAACCUGCAUGUCCCUGGCAUGGACUCUGUUCCAGACACCGAGGUCUUUGAGCCUCCAGAAGCGCAGCCUGGGGCAGAGAGGUCCUUCUCCACUUUCGGCAAAGAGAAGGCCCUGCAUGGCACCCUGGAGAGGAAGGAGCUGGACGGACUGCUGUCUAAUACACGAGCGCCUUACAAACCACCAUAUUUGACACGGAAAAGGAUAUGCUAGUCAAUUCUGCAGCUUACCCGAAGCAGUAUGAUUUGCACAGAGUCGACCAACAAAAGCAUCAACUUUUCAACUUCAUUAUCUUGGCCAUCCAGUUAGUUGUGUGUAGCUGAGUGUUAGAUUUCCAGCGGAGUCAUCGUGGCCACGUGUAGGACCUAAUUGCUCUCAGCAGGCCUGAGAAAUGAGUUGAAAUGUGCAGACUGUAGAAACUCCAUAGGCAACCGGCGUUGCCUCUCCGAUCAGUGUGUGCCUGUUUACAGCACUAUCUACCCUUCUCUCUCCAAAUGUCACUGAGCCCUUUAGAUGUUUAUAUUCACCAUGAGAAGCCAGUCAUCAAGAUAAAAGAAAUUUGUGCAUUAUAAAUGCAAUAUCACUGUUUUCAACUUGACUGUUUUAUAUUAUUUUUGUGUGACCAAGUGUUCCCCAAACUACCCCGACUUUACAAGAGAGAUGUGACUAUGUUCUUUUCAUUCGUGGGCUAUUAAAAAUAUGUUGUAUUCUAAAGACCCACAAAAAUAUCAAAGACAUUCUGUAGUUUAUACACCGUGUUGCAAAGUGUUUACUGUACUAUUUCAAAGCUUCUAAAUAAAUAUAAAAUAUAUAUUAUAUUAUAUAAUUUUCCUAAGAUGUGGUAAAAAUUAGUUGGUUUUUAAAUGGAUUCAUACAGCCCUCAUCAUACAAUAAAACAGAAGGCAAUUCAGGGUCCCUAAGAUUAACUGAGAAACACCAUCAAUAGUUUGUCCUAAUUUUCAUACCUUUCUCAACCCUGUAUUUUUCUUUCUUUAAAAGAAAGUAAAGUUCUAAGCUGCAAAACUUUGUCAAGAACUCAUUGUGAAUUUUCAAUGCCAAAGAUGUAGCUGUUAAUAUUGUCAGGCGGAGCACAGAAGAUGUAGUUUCAAAACAUCGAGCAGUCUACAUGAUUCCGAUUCUAUUUCCAUGGCUUUGAAUUUAGCAUCACUUAAAGCUUUUAUAAAGAAACUAUAAAUUCAUCUGUAUUUGUUGUUAGUUAAAAAUCUGGGUGUCUGUACAUUUCGUGGUGUAAAAUAUGUAACUGAAGAUUACUAUUUUAAGACCUUCUCAUCAUAUAAUUCAUAGAAUCUUAUUUUACAUAGUUUUACAUAGUUCUGUGACUCUUAAGUAAACAUGAAUAAAAUCUAUAACUCUAUAUAAAUAUAUAGAGGUAUAUAAAUAUAAUUAUCAGAGCUGGUACAUAUUAACAAUAAAGUAUUUAAAAAAUCUCUAAAUUUAAAAAGUCAAAUAAAUUUGGAGAUAGAAAUAUGAUACAUUACUGUUACAGUAUUAUAUGUAAAAUUUUAUAGCUUAAAUGUAGUCAGUGUUUUAUUAAUGAUAAUAUUCUUCCUUGGUCAGUCUUGAAAAAUUAAUUUUGUCUUUUACUUUCUUGUCAACAAGGUUAAUUAUUAAAUUCAGAAAGACGUAUUUUCCUUUAGUUCACAUUUUUUUCUACUGUUGUCUGUCGCUUGUUGAAACAGGGGAGGGAUAAAAAUUAGAGAAUGUGAGAGAUUCAUCAAGGCAUAUCAUGGACUAAAUUUAACUGCCCUCUAAAAAGAUUCCAGAAUGAUAUAAUGAUUUACCAAGCCCAAAUUAUAGGCUCAUUUUGAAAUGCUAACCUUUAUUUUGAUGUGGUUAUAUGCUCACUGCAAAUAUGAGCUAAACAACACUAAAGAAUAGAAUAACAUUUAACCCUUUACAAAUGAGAUCCAUUUAAUAUCAUAUGAGUUAAAAUGGACUUUUAAUUAAGAUUUAUCAUUAAAAUGCAUACAUGUAGUCAUUGGCGCUUUCCGUAUUAAAGUUAUACCCAGUGUCAUCCUUUUGAUGCUAUUGAAUUAUAUAAUCAUAUAUUAUAAUAUCAAUUAGCUUAUAGCAACAUAAUAUAAACAGAAUUCUGUCUCUGGAAGGCCUGUUGAAAAAUAAAUGAAAUGUCCAUGUGUGAUUCAAAAGCACAUACACUUACUGGGUGCCGUAGCAAUCUUUUCUUCGAUGUUUGGCAUACUACAUCAUAAACUAAGAAAAUAGUAUAUAUAAUUUAACUUAAAAAGUUUGUUUUUUCUAAUUGCUUUUCAAUCAAGAAAAAAAUUGUUGAAUCACUUCGUAUUAAUUAAAUCCAUUCUUGCUUCAAUUUAAAAGCAUGGGUUAAGAUCUACAUUCAUCUUUUCAUGCUCACUUAACAUUACAAUAUUUGUACUAAUUCAUUCGACUUAAAAUGUUUUUUAAAACAUUUCAUGUCAUAUGCAGUAUACCUUCUACAUGAUUUUCUAACAUAUAGUUGUGUGUUAGCUAUUUUUAUAUAUGAUAGCAACUUUCUAGAGUAAUUUGUAUUGUAGUUUUUAAUUGUACCAUCAUUCUACCAAAACAUACAUAAUUUGAGAAAGCAAAUUAUUAAACACACAAUGUUAAAUGCUAGUAUCAUUUAUCAAUUACUGCAUGCAUGAUAAACUAGAAGCUACAGCAGAGGUACAAUUUCAGUGAAUUGGCUAAAAUAUUAUGUUUCAAUGACAAAGACUAAAGGAACAAUGAGACAAGAAAGUAAUGAAAUACUAUAGGUAGAUUCAUCAACUGCAUCAAGAAGAGUUAGUGUAGACUUUACAUUUAAGCUGAUCAUAUUAAUAUCCAGUCUGCUAUUAUUGUGACAUGUUCAAAGAAAACAAUAGUAUUAGACAGUGUUUCAUCCAUAAAAUACUUCCAACGAAAAAUGGAAUUUAUUCCUUAUUUAGUCUCAUUAGUUUUAGAGCAGUAAAACUCAAAAAUUUUCCUGUGGAAAGAGUGUUGUACGGUUUCAAUGGUAUGUCAAAUGACAAUUUUUAGGAAUAUUUCACCCACAUAUAAAAUUAUAAUUUUAUUCUGUGAGCAUAAUUUUUUUUUAAAUCGCCAUAAAUCAAGUAUAUAAAUAUUGCAUCAUAAUCAAUUUAAAGAUAAGACAAUGUCAAUAACAUAAAUGUGUCUCCCUUUUAGGAAAUACAUAUAUUUAAUUUCAGGAAAAUACCUAACACAAUGCCUUUACCAAGCAUUGUGGAUUAGAAAUUAUAUAGUAUAUAAAAAUUUAUUAUUAAUUCUUUUUUUUAUUUUUUAGUUGUGCUAUAAUUUGUCCUCACAUUCUUUGAAAUGUUGGAGUUCUUUUGAUUUUCCAUGAAGGGAAGAAAUAUUCUCUGCAGUUCUGGACAUAUAGGCUGUCAGAAGUAGGCUUUCUAGAAUCUUGUGAAGUUGUGUGUGGGGUUCAGUUGAUCAAAUUGAACGUGGUGAAUGUUUACCAAGAUAGAUAAGGCAUUUACGAUACUGAAAGACAUUGACGUUGUGUUUAGUUUCCCCUUAUAUCUAUGUGAGGCACAAAUACCCAUAGAACUCACCAAUACUUUAAUAUUGGUAUAGUCAAUGAUUUUGCUGGAAUCUUGUUUUUUUCCACUGCACCUUUUUUGUGUUCUUAAUCAUUCCUUAAGUCUAAUUUUGUAGUGGUAAAGCCUUUGCAUUAAUAUCCUUUUUAUGUUCUCUUUUUAACAAGGAAAACCAGAAUAUUGCUAAAUUCAAUAUUUUUUACAUCCUAAAGUAGUAAAGUUAUUUUGUAUAUUGUUAGUACUUCAAGAAAUAUCCCUCUGAGAAGUCGGACAAAACCCUUACACAGUAAUCUUUAAAACUGUUCAGUAGAGAAUUUUUCUGCAAACACGUGGCUUAGGUUUUAGAUCUUAGCAUUCUGUCAGAAUGCUGGUAGCUGUGUGCCGCCAGAGUAUAGCAGGCAAUAAUAUGACUUUGAUUCUAAUACAUUUAGUGUGCAUGCAUGUGUUUCUAAUCACUGUUAUUUUUUAAGUAUUUGUAAAAUUAGAAAAAAAUUAUUUCUUGAAAACUCGUCAGAUGCUUAGUUUGAAGUUUUUCCUCUCCAGAUGUUUUUGAGGAGUGUGAAAAGACUGCACUCUUGAUGCAGAAAAUAUUUUCACAUGCAACUUAAAAAUUUCUGGAAGAUAGAACUCGCAUUUCCCAAACAUCCAUAUGUCCUUGAGCUGAAUGUAACCAGGGAGCUUCAGUUCUACGGACAUGUCUGAGACAAUUAUCUGUGAGUGAAAACAGGGUAUUAUAACAGAUGAGUUUCAGUCUUAAUUCCAGUGUUGUUACUGUGAAUGCUAUAACCAUACAUAAGUAAUAUGUGUGUAAAUGUAAUAUAUUAUUUUAUACUGCUGUAUACAUACAAAAUAAAUAAAACUAGGAUACAUAUCACACCAUCUUUCCAUGCAUGGAUCUUCCACUGACGUCAUGGGAGCUUUGAAUAAAACCAUCGGCAAAAUGUGAUCUUAUGUAUAAAAAUGUGUGAUGCUGACUUAGUAAUUUUAGUCUUAAUAUCACAGGUCUAAGGGACAUCUGUUCAAAGUUAUGUAUCUCUUGAAACAGCAUAUGGCUGACUUUGAAGAGAUUUGUCGUAUUUACAGAUUGAGUGUACGCAUUCAAUUCUACAUGAAUCUCAGGAUUACCCCAACAAAUCGUAAAAGUAACAUUUUUUUUCUAAUUAGUGCUGGAUGGAUUAUUUUAACUUAAAAGGUCUGAAAUAAUAUCAAGGAUUCACAAAGAUUAACAUAUAAAUUAUACAUAAAAUGAGUGCCUUUAGGCAAUAAAGAACACUAUUUAAAAUGAGAAACACCAAUCACUUCAUGGUCCAAAUUCAUGGAAACACAAUAAAAAUUCAUAUCUGUAUAAUUUUCAGAGAAGAAAGUAUGAAUGGAAAGUAGAGGUACGUUUUAUAUAAUGUUAGAAUAAUCUGAAUUAGUUCAAUAAAAACUUAGUUCUCAUGAAGCCAAAGUAAAAAAUGUGCUUCUGCUUCUCAUGUGCAAUUUGUAUAACCAAUUUUCAUUAAUUCAACCUCACACACUCAACAUAAGAGCUUCAUUUAUAAGGCAGCAAGUUAAAGGGCUAGGCAUUUUUUUUUUCUUUGAACUUCUUUACUACAGAAAGAAUGAAUUGGAGAUGUCAUCAGUAAUAAUUAUGGAUGGCCUAUGUCUUUCUUACCCCUAUUGUCAUUCUUUUUGAAGACCAUAUCAGCAAUUUUUCCACUAAACAAAGAAAAUAAUUUUAGAGGUCAAAAAUUCUAUUUACUGACCAAGUUUUUGGCCAUCACAGAUCAUAAGGAUUUAUUAUUAUAUUUUUCUUCACAGAAAUUCUAAGUUUCUUAAGAAACCAAAUAAAUUAUGAAAAAAUGUAUAGUGGUAAAAUGAUAAAAAAGGUAAUCAAAAUAAUCAGUUGAUCCUGAGAUUAAUUUAGAAUAAAUAAUAACAGGAAAAUAUAUAAGGCAAAAUAAUAACAGCAAGAAAAUAUAGCUACAAUACAAUGUGUACCAAAGCACAUCAUUCAUAGAGAAGACACGAGUUCACUUUAAAAUUUUUCAGACGUAUGAGCAAAACAGGGUACAGGGUACAAUAACUUUGCUAUGGAACAUUCCCCCAAAAGUUUGCAACACAUUGAACCAUGUGAUCUCUAUUUCAAAUCUAAAAUGUUUCGUACAUUAGAAAGUGAGCAAAAAUAUUUUGAAAAGUUGUUUCACUUCUGAUAGUCUCUCUACUCUGUACAAUAUGGAUAAGUAUUAUUAAUUACAGAACUUUUACUGAGAAUUAAGUGAGCUCCUUUAUAGAAAAUUCAGAGCAGAGUGCUAAACUAAAGGUAGGUUGUUAUUAUUAGCAUCAGUUUUUAUUAUUUUUAAAAUUUUAUCACCGUCACUGAUUUCAUACACUGUAGAACACAAAUCUACAAAUGAAAAACAUCCCUGCCUACUGGGGAGUUUUAGCUAAGAGAGAAUAAUUUCAAUACUUAAAGGUGAGUCUACACUCCUUUGUAUGUUCACUCAUCAGCUCUGUCUCUCUGUGUGAAGAAUGCAGAUAAGGAAACAAACUCACCACUAACUGAGGUCUGGUCAACCUUCAGCAUCCUCAUCAACUUUGACAUAUUAAUUUGUUUUUCCAUCAAACAAGAUUAAUAAUUUUUUAUUUUUACUAUAUCUUUCUUUUUAAUUUAAUUUUAUUUUUAAAUAUUAGUUACAGUUUAUUAUCUUUGUAUCCCAGCUGUAGCCCUCUCCCUCAUUCCUUCCCAAUCCUACCCUCCCUCUGUCAUCUCCUCCCUGCUCCUUUCCAAGUCCAAAGGAGGAGCAGCCUUACUAGGCCACAGAGGUUGACCUAUUAAUUUAUUCCUACAACUGAAAAAUAGAAAUCUGAAAGGCUUAUCAAAGGGAUAAGCCUUUGAUAUUAUUAGCCUUUACCAAUAUUUAUUGGGAAUACUGAUCGUUUGAUGGAAUUUUUCCUACAUAAUGAUUAUCAUUUUUUGCACGUCUUCUACUCACUCUGAAAAUUACUUAAGGCAGUCUUCAGUAUCUGCUUGAUGCAAUUGGACUGUUUAAUAGUUCUAAUUGAAGGCCUCUGCCUGGUAAGAGCCUGCUUCCUUAGUGUUAUCCUUUGAUGUUUAAAACAUUGCUAGAAUUAACUUAUUCCUUUGAAUUUAGUAAAUUCCUUUAUAUUUUCCAGUUAAAAGAAUACAACCCACACUAAUCAGUAGUCAAAUUACAAAAGAACAUUUCCAUUUUAAAUGGAUUUAUUAAUUUAUGUAGAAAUUUAAGUAAGACCAUCAUGCGGAUGAUGAUAAUAUGUGAUAUUUUUCCCUUCAUUUUCCUUUGAUGGUUAUUCUAAAAUUCUUCAACCAGUCUUUCUGGAAACAAAGGACACUGGAUUAACACUGCAGUCACGUUAUGUGAAUGGGAAUCCCAAUUCUUUUCCUUGGCUUUUUGAAAUGUUUCUCUGUAGCAUGAGAGAUGGGAAGAAAAAAACAAAACAAAAACAAAAAAACUAAAAAGCAGACAGAGGUGUUCAUGUGGAGGAUUACAAAAGCCAGAAAGUAAGUUUUAUUCUAAAAUGAGUGAAAUUUCUUUUCUUUUUAGAGAUUGAUUUUCAUUUUAUUUAAUUAGUAGGAAUGUGCGUUUUGUGUGACUGUAUGUCAUGUAUUUUCGACUGCCUGAGUAGACCAGAAGAGGUUUCUGAAUCCCAUGGAGCUGUAGUACAGGCAGUUGUAAUUUUUCCUGUGGUGGUGGUAAACAAAUUUAAAUAGCAAGCAAUCUUAACCUCUGAGCCAUCUUUCCAGCCCACUGAAAGAUUUCUUGUCCUUAUUUUUUAAAUACAAUUAAUAAUGAAAUAAUAAAUAAUCAAAAUUUCUCCAAUCCUUUCAUUCCUCUUAAAAGUGUGUGAUUUGUGAUGGAGGUUUUUUCUUUUUUUUUUUUUUCUUUUUUUUUUUUUUUUUUUUUUUUAGUAAGCACAAAGCAAGUCUUUAGAACACCAAACAAGUUACCCAAGUAUUCAAUAUCUUUUUAUUAGCACUAAGCAGCUUUGGGGUUUUCAACACCAUAUAAUAAUUCUAAGACUGUUAAUUUAUUUUGAUAUGAUUAGAAAUCUAUCACUUAUAAACAGGUUUACAAGGACCAUAGGAAUAUAGUAAAUAUUACAACAUACCAAGUAACUUUAAAUUAGAAAAGUGUGUGUGUGUGUGUGAGAGAGAGAGAGAGAGAGAGAGAGGAAUUGAAAACUGUAAAGUUAAUGAAAAUGCAUAUUAAUUCUGUGAUUUUAGUUUAAAUCUAACAAAAAUAUGUGGUACGCCUAAAUAAAACAUUUAUAAACAGGAAUUUUAUUGGGUUUGAAAAUGUAAUAAUAUUAAAUGACCUGCUCAGAAUGUUUUUGCAGAUUUUUCAAGUUGUUACCACUGUUUGACAUGGGUCUGCAAACUCACAGAGGCGUAUACAGGGUUGAAGGUGCAGUAUGGUCGUCAGACACUUGUCUGUCAUGAGGAAUGCUCAUGGACAAAUGUCCAACACCUCAAUGAAAAAGUCUGCAAACAUCACUCACUUCGAAGAUGCCACACUGAUUCUGAAUUACAGUGUUCCUAAAAUUUUAACAAAUAGAAUGAUGGAAAACUGUGUGACACUGACAUCUGACCAUUUAGAUACAUGAAACACUUUGUAGUUCUUCAUGGAGUCAUUUGGUGGUGUCAAAACUUACACUAUGGCCUCAAGGUACUGCUUCUAGGAUGGAAGUGAGUUUCCAGAUAUAAACAAUGUUGUGAUGUCAAUAGGGACAUUGGAGCGUUUUAAAAUUUAGGUCUCAGCGAAGAGAUUUAAUAUAAUAUAUAAUCUUCUGUUGUAUGUAACAAUUUUAGUGCAUUUGUGAGUAGUGUGUGCACGUUGGUGUUUUAGAACACGUGUAGAAAGAAGUUAGAGGUAACAUAGGAUGAUUUCCUCACUCUGCAAUUAAGUUCUCUCACUGAAUGACAAGCUCACCCGUGCCCCCCUUCAGUUCUGUCUUUCUCCCUUUACCUCCUACUACUAGUGCUGCAGCUAAGGGCCAAUGUGUUGUGUUGGCUUACUUUCAUGGUUACUGGGGAUUCAAAUUCAUGUCCCUGGGCCUGUUCCACAAGCACUUUACCCAUUCAUUCACUUUCUCAUUGAAUGAAAGAAACAAUUUCCAACAAAGCUCCAGUAGAAGAGUCUAUCUCAGUGUCACAUGCUAUAAUAAUGAUGGAAACAAACACUGAUAAUAACUAUUCACCAUUCAAUUUUUCUUUCAUAAGAUAAAAACACUGGCCUAUUUUAAGGUGAUUGUGACCUUAAAGCUAGGGUAACAAUGUAACAUAGUAUUAUUUCAGGCCAAACUAAUGAAAAUAGAGAAAAAGGAAGGAAUGUAAAGACCUUUAAGAAGAUCAGUGGAUCCUAGUGACUCACUGAUAGCCAUUUGCCUGACAAUGGGUGGGAAGAAUAAAAAUGAGCUUUUGUUAUUCUUAUGGAAAUCAGACUUCCUUUAAAGGACAGAGUGAAAAGAAAAUGUGUCUAGGGGAAUGUAAUCUUGUUUAUAAAAAUGAGUUCCAGUUUUCUUUUUUUCAUUUAAAUUUUACUGUGCUAGCUACUCAAGAUCAGAAAGGCAAAAUAUAUGAGCAAUGCAAGAUAAGUUUAUACUUUUUUCCUGGGAGCAAAUGAUAGUAAUUAGCUUACAUUCUGAUAAUUCUUUCUAUUAUACUUGCUGAUUAUUAUUUAAAUUUUUAUUUGCGUUAACACCUUUUCAUUAAUUAUAUUGCUUGGAAAUGGCUUUGGAUGUGUCAUAAGUCAAAUUUAAAUAUUUUUAACUUUUUAGUAUCUGGAUAAUUUGUCAAGCAUAUGUAGAAGAAAGCAUGCUUGAAGAAAAAGACAUAGUCAAUUUCUCUGUCAUCUUUUGUGAUAUACACAUAACACCACAUAACUAAUAUUUUAAAAGUUAGUGCAAAUAAAAGAUAUAACAGUUGUGAAACUUA